AUGGCCAGCCAGCAGCUCACCAGCAAUCUCCAGGACGAAGUGAUCUGCUCAAUCUGCAUGGACACCCUUCAGGAGCCUGUCACCAUUGACUGCGGACACACUUUCUGCCUCAGAUGCAUCUCUCAGGUUGGAAGCUCAUCAGAUGAGCUUCUCAAAUGUCCCCUGUGCCAGAAGUUUGUGCAGAGGAGCACAAUCAGGCCCAACUGGCUGGUGGUCAACCUGGUGGAGAGAAUCCAAGCUAUUGAUCCCUCUGAGAUCCAACCAGAAGAGAGAGAGAUGAGAUGUCCAAAGCAUGGAGAAAAGAUCCAUUACUUCUGUGAGCAAGAUGGGGAAUUCCUCUGUGUUGUGUGCCGAGACUCCAAGGACCACCGAUCCCAUAAUCCCAGCUUGAUAGAAGAAGCUGCCCAGAAGUAUCAGGGGCAGAUUCAGUCAAAGUUGGAAGUCUUGCUGCAAAAGGAGAAGGAAAUAAUACUAGAGAAGAUAAAAGGUGAACAGAAAAAUGAUUUCUUCCUGAGCCAGGUGAGGCUGGAGAAGCAAAGGAUCAAUCAACAUUUCAGAUUCCUGCGGCAGAGCCUAGAAAAGGAAGAGAAUUUCUUCCUGGCCAGGCUUCACUGGCUAGAGAUGGAAGGAGCCAAGGGGAAGUUGUUCUACUCCAUUUCUACCCAGGCACAGCUGAACUCGCUUGAGAAGCUCAUCAAGUCCCUGAAAAACAAGCAGCAAAUGCAGCCCAGACAGCUGCUGGAGGACAUCAAAACUCUCCUGUCCAGGAAGUGGGAGGUGCCUCACCUACUGCGCAGGGGCUGCCAUCGAGAUGGGAGCUUGGGUCUGCAAGAAAACCUACAGACUGAAAAGAAGAAAGAUGAAGCCAGAUUCCUCAAAAGCCUGGAUGAAAAGGACAAGAAGAGCUUUGCUGUGACCCUGGAUGCUGACACUGCUCAUCCAGACCUCAGCCUCUCUCUGGAUCGAAAGACAGUGACACUAGACUUUAUCCCCCAGAGUGAUUCAGCUGAGCCCACGAAUCCCAAAUGCUUCUAUCCUUUCCGCUGCGUUCUGGGUUUACCAGGUUUUUCCAUGGGCCGCCAGGCCUGGGAGGUGGAAAUCCAAGGGCCCAGGGGUGGGGCCUCUGUGGUGGGCGUGGCCUCGGAACUGGUACCACGGAGGGGCCACUUGCGUCUGGAACCUUUGUUGGGCUUCUGGGCUCUGCGCAUCUUUGGCUCAACGUGCCAAGCGCUCAUCGAGAAUUGUACCCGAAAGGAUCUGCCAGUCUGUCCAAGGAAAGUGGGUGUCCUUGUGGAUUACAACGACGGGAAGAUCAUCUUCUAUGAUGCCACCAACAACAAUCACAUUUACACCUUCCAAGCCUCCUUUCCCGGGCCGAUCUUUCCUUUUUUCCGACUCCUGUUACCAGGCACCCAGGUCACCCUGAGUCCCUAG